CUGACUUUUGCAUUCUAUAUGCAUAAAUCUCUAUCUUCGCACGUCUCAUGCUUUUAGUUUGUUUAUCGUACAAUUAAUACGAAAGUUUUUUUACAUUAAUAUUUUCUGAAAAAAUAUUAAAACAUCAAAUAAUAUUAGUACAAUGGUGGCGGCGUCAGUUCUCUAUGCAGCUGUGCCAGUUUCGGUUAUAGUGGCAUUAGGUUUAUUGCGUAAAUGGAGGUCAAGAAAGUGGGGGAAGUGUGCGAGUAAUACUUGUUUGCGGGGUAAAACGUUCCUAAUUACUGGUGCCAAUAGUGGUAUAGGAUUGGAAACAGCCAGAGCCCUAGUAACUAGAAAGGCCCGAGUGAUAUUUGCUUGUCGUGAUAUCGCGAAAGCUAAAGCGGCGGUUGCUGAAAUUAGAAAGAAGCAGCCAACCGGGGGUGAAUUGAUCCCUAUGCACUUAGAUCUAGAAUCACUGGACUCCAUUGAGAAAUUUGUAGAAGUAGUAAAGGCGGGCUUCCACAAAAUAGACGUUCUAAUUAAUAAUGCCGGUGUAUAUGUGCCAUUAAAUCAAGAUCUAAAAACUAAAGAUGGAUUUGAGAUACACUUUGGAGUGAAUUACCUGGGACAUUUUCAUUUGACAAAUUUAUUAUUAGACCACCUGAAAAGAGCUACACCAAGCAGAAUAGUCAUUGUAUCGUCGACACUCCACGAGAGAGGUCAAAUCAACUUUGCGGAUCUGAAUCUAAAGGCAGAGAUCGAGCACGCAAAGAGAGGGAAGAGUGGUCGUCAUAACCCUGGCUACUGUAACUCUAAAUUAAUGAAUUGCUACCAUAUGAAAGCGUUGACAGAACGGCUCAGUGGAAGUGGAAUUGAUGUGAGUGCUUGCUGUCCGGGAUUCUGUUCUACAGGCCUGUUCAGAAAUGCUAUCAGAUGGUAUCACUACAUUCUAAUGGCUCCAGUUUACCUGUUAUUUAUGAGAUCUGCGAAACAAGGAGCGGAAACAGUAGUGUACUGUGCUAGUGAAUACAGCAUCGAAGGUGUAUCUGGCAGGUUCUACAGAGACUGUGCUGAGUAUGAAUCGAAUUACUCAUUUGAUAAAGAAGUGGAAACAAAACUCUGGAAUAUCUCCGAGGAGUUGGUGAAAGCAAGAAAACCAAUCCCGAUUGCAUAAAAAUUCAUUUAUAGACAGGUUUGGUGUUUAAAAGGCAUGGGUAAAGUCGCUUUUGCGCUAUAUUGAAUCGUCACUAUAUAUUGGUUUUCAGUAUCUAAUGUAACUAUAUAUUGGUAGUGUAAAUUACUCUAAAUCCAAAGUAGUAUCAGAUGGUAAUAUUAUUUUCAACAUUUCGAUUUUUAUUUAUUGUAUUUUACAUAUAUGUUAAUAGUCAGUAAAUGUAUUGUCUAAUAUGUAUAAAUACAUUUUAAUAUAUUUCAACCCAUAUUUAUGUACUUAAUUUAGCUCUAAAUAAAUAGUGAUUGUGUAAUUUUUUCUCAGCCUUAUAUACUUAUUAUUUUAGUUGGCACAAGUAAGUUACUGGGAAAAAAAAUCUGUUUCGGAAUAAAAAAUAAUUGCCUAUCGUUCAAUAUAUAUUCAUUAGAUAUUGGACCAAUAUAUAGGUAUAGUAACUGUAUACUACAUGUGUCGCCCAUGCUUUGUGUUUAACUUCCUAAAGCCACUAGUGCCAUCUUUAGUCUACUGGGAUCUUAAUACUGUUUAGGGAUUUAUGUAUGUCAUAAUCAUAUUCCUUUAGUGUAAAUAUCUUAUGUAUAAGUAUGUACAGACAUAAUUGUUUGUAGGUAUAGAUAAUAUAAUAUGUAUAAAGAAAUACAAUUGGAUAUUUUUAUCAUCUCAAUGUUGAUUUUUUUUGUUUUGUUUUGACAUUGAUAAUAAGCGUAAGCAUUAAUGUAAUUAAAGAAUUGGCCAUUUUCUACAUUUAAUUUACAAACAUAAAUAAUUAAUCCAAAAUUUCUAAAUUAAUAAUUUCUUUGCUAACUUAUCAAAUUAGUUAUAAACAAACGUGCCAAUUGUCUAUGGAAAAUAAUUGUUAUUACAAAAACAGGAAAAGGACAACUUAAUCGCGAUUAUUGUACGAAACGAGGUACAAAAUAUAAAAAGUUUACAUUAUGGAGUUUUGAAUUUAUUUACCUGCAUUUGGAAAUAUUAAAAUAUUUACUUUUAUAAUAUUUUAAUACCCAAAUAGCUAAGUGAUGUCAGUUUCAAUCUCGUCUGAUUUAGCGGUCAAUAUUUCAAUUUAAUAUUAUGUUAUAAAGAUUCGUUCAGUUGUUUUUUUUGUCCUUUUUAUAUGAGACUAGGUUGCUAUGUUAGAUAUUCAAUUCAAUUCAAUCAUUUAUUGCUAUUUCAUGUUGUAACAAUAGAAGGUCUUAAGUUAUUAAAAGUAAAGAAUCAACAUGAACCCUUGAAGGGCGCUGCAAUCGCAUUAAUAAAUAUUUAUGAAUAGAUAUUUAUUUAGUCACUUACCAUCAGGUGAGACGCAUGCUCGUUUGUUUGUAAAAAUAAAAUAUUAAAUAUAUAUGUCCUCUUAUAUAUAAAAUGUAUCAUAGAAAUCGCAUUCCUGGAACUAUAUUACACAGGAAUUAAUACUGAAUAUGUAUAUGUAGAUAUACUAUAUAGAGACUGGUUAUAUAUUUAUAAUGAUCUGUACAUAUCCAAGGUUAGGUAAUUGUAGUGAUAUUUUCCAAAGAUGUAAUUUUCUACACCUGUUAUUAUUUAUUAAAUUUGUGGGUAUGAA